AUGCCCGGGCUAACGCUUAUGCAGGCAGCAGUCCUCUCUCUGUCUGCGCUGCUCUGUCCACUCGUGGUUCGGGGCUUUGGGGACGAGGUGGAGGAGAUGACCUGUGAUCCCAUCCGGAUCAGCAUGUGCCAGGGUCUGGGCUAUAACGUGACGAAGAUGCCCAACCUGGUCGGCAACGUUCUACAGUCGGACGCUGAGCUGCAACUGACCACAUUUACGCCUCUGAUCCAGUACGGCUGCUCCAGUCAACUCAAGUUCUUCUUGUGCUCAGUCUACGUGCCCAUGUGCACAGAUAAAGUGCCCAUCCCCAUUGGGCCCUGUAAAAGCAUGUGUCUGUCUGUGAAGAGGAAGUGUCUCCCUGUUCUGCACGAGUUUGGCUUCAUUUGGCCAGAGAUGCUGAACUGCAGCCUGUUCCCGCCUCAGAACGACCACAACCACAUGUGCAUGGAGGGCCCGGGAGACGAGGACCCGCCCUACCAUCCUGUGCGCCACCCGCCUCACCAAGAGGAGUGUCAAGAGCUGGGGUCACUGCCCGACCAGUACAUCUGGCUCAAGCAGACCGACAGCUGUGCCCUGCAGUGCGGCUACGACAGCGGCCUGUAUCGCAGAGGCAACAAAGUCUUCACGGACGCCUGGAUGGCCGUGUGGGCGGUGCUCUGCUUCCUCUCCACCACUCUGACUGUCCUAACAUUUCUCCUGGACUCGCAGCGCUUCUCCUACCCAGAAAGGCCCAUCAUUUUCCUGUCUAUGUGCUGCAACCUGUAUAGCGUGGCCUACCUGGUCCGACUGACACUGGGAAGGGAGCGUGUCUCCUGUGACCUAGAUGCCACAGCUGUUCCCAUUCUGGUGCAAGAAGGCCUGAAGAGUACUGGUUGUGCCAUAGUCUUCCUCCUGCUCUACUUUUUUGGCAUGGCCUCUUCACUGUGGUGGGUUAUUUUGACCCUGACAUGGUUCCUGGCUGCUGGACUCAAGUGGGGACAUGAAGCGAUUGAAAUGCACAGUUCCUACUUCCACAUUGCUGCCUGGGCCAUUCCAGCGGUUAAAACAAUAGUGAUCCUCAUAAUGAGACUAGUGGAUGCAGAUGACCUCACUGGACUGUGUUACGUUGGAAACAUGCAACAGGAGGCACUCACCGGAUUUGUUGUAGCACCACUGGCUACAUAUCUUCUAAUAGGAACGUUGUUUAUCUGUGCUGGCCUGGUGGCCCUCUUUAAGAUUCGUUCCAAUCUGCAAAAAGACGGUGCAAAGACUGACAAGUUGGAGCGGCUGAUGGUGAAGAUUGGGGUCUUUUCUGUCCUCUACACAGUCCCAGCCUCAACUGUGAUUGGGUGUUACCUCUACCAGCUCUCCAAUUGGGCAGACUUCAGUUCAACUCCCAGGGACUCAUAUAUCGCUUCAGAGAUGCUGCGGAUUUUCAUGUCACUUCUAGUUGGCAUCACGUCAGGCAUGUGGAUCUGGUCAGCAAAGACUCUUCACACCUGGCAACGCUGCACUGCUCGGCUGCUCAGGGACAGUCGAGCCAGCAGAGGGGGCAAGCGAGGGCCUGGUGAGGGCUGGAUUAAACCAGCCAAAGGGAACGAGACAGUGGUAUGA